AUGGCAUCCGAAGAAUACGACUUUGGAGAUGUCUUCCAAGCUGUCUUCAUCCCCAAACAAAAGCCCCCUCCCGAUCCAGUCUCACCUGAUAUGACGGCGUCGGUCUCCACGUACCCGCCCCUGGGCCAAGUAACGCAACUGAAGAGCGGAGAUGUGUCGUUUGUUGCAGUAUUGGAAGUUCCUGAGAGCCGGGGAAUCGACCCAUGGGAAGUUGCCCUUUGGCACUCGGGUACUACUGGCCAGGAGCAGGAGCAGGAAUGGACUGAGCAUGGCCUUGCUCCAAGUGGACAAGGUCAAGCCCCCUUUGCCCUACAAGCUAGCAAUGACACGUCCCGGCUCUACUUUGCUGGUAAAUUGUCUGUGCAGUCUUUGCUGAACUUCACCGUGAAAUUCCGCCCUGGGCCUGAUCAACCCUGGCGUUGGAUUCGGGACGAGAUGAGCAUGGGAGACGGUUCUAUCGUUAUAAACGACGGCCUGGAUGAAAAUGAUGCGAAAACGGACUUACCAGACCUCAUCCAAGAUUUGAAUCCAGAUCUGAAAUGGAAGUCGUUGAUGAGCCAGUGCCCGGGAACUCGGCUAUGGCACAUCGAGGCUCCGGUUGCUGCUUCUCAAAAUGACCAACCUGCGAUCGCUGAUAUCCCACUUGGCAUCCCGUGGGGAGGCUUCUUGAGGUGGUUCGCACUGGUACGAAUCUGGACCCCUUGGCUUGCACCGCGACACGGUAAAGACACAUUCGCGCUGGACAAGGAGGCUGUCUUGGUCUCCUUCCUUUCCCCUCAGGGCAGACAUAUGGUUCUUCUUGCCAUUAGCGGUCUCAACGACACGAUGACUCUGUUCCGCAGCAGUGAAUCCGGAAGUGUCAUGCUUCACAUACGUAAUGACGAGGAGGUUGCAACGUCAGCUACAGUAUUGGUGGCCACUGGUGACGACUUCGAGAAGGCGAACGCAGCCGUUAUGUACCAUGCUCGAUCCCUUGUAGUGUCGAGCAAGAAGUGGACCGGUGAGUAUGACGCAGAGAUGAGCGCCCUGAAGGCGGACGUUAAGCCCGAAUGGUACGAAAACUGGUAUGAUGGACUGGGGUUCUGCACAUGGAACGCUCUUGGUCAGCGUCUGACCGAGGAUAAGGUGCUCAAGGCUGUUGACACUCUGGCUGAGCAUAAGAUAAACAUCACCAGCUUGAUCAUCGACGACAACUGGCAGAAUAUAGAUUAUCGAGGACAAGGGCAGUUCCAGCAUGGCUGGAAUGAUUUCGAAGCUGAGCCUAAAGCGUUCCCGAGGGGCCUGAAAGCCAUGGUGUCCGAGAUUCGCUCCAAACACAGGAACAUCCAGCACAUCGCUGUCUGGCACGCACUCCUAGGUUACUGGGCUGGUAUCGCCCCUGAUGGGAAGAUUGCCAAGACGUACAAGACCGUCGAAGUAAUACGCGAAGAUUCGCUGCGACGGAAUCUUCCUCUCGGCGGGAAGAUGACACUCGUCGACAGGGAGGAUACGCACAAGUUCUACGACGACUUCUAUCGUUUCCUUUCUUCGUGCGGGAUCGACGGUGUCAAAACAGAUGCUCAGUUCAUGAUGGAUACCUGGGUCUCUGCGAAAGCUAGACGAGAACUGAUCCACACCUAUCUCGACGCGUGGAAGGUAUCAACCCUCCGCCACUUCAGCAUCAAGGCGAUAUCCUGCAUGUCUCAGGCACCGCAGAUUCUUUUCUACUCGCAGCUCCCGCAGAACACGCCCGCGGUGCUCUGUCGGAAUUCGGACGACUUCUUCCCCGAAAUCCCGGCUUCGCACCCGUGGCACGUAUGGACCAACGCCCACAACAGCCUGUUCACGCAACAUCUCAAUGUUCUCCCGGAUUGGGACAUGUUCCAGACGGUACAUGACUUUUCUGGCUUCCAUGCCGCAGCCCGCUGUGUCAGUGGAGGGCCGAUCUACAUCACCGAUGUCCCGGGGCAGCACGACGUGGACUUGAUUAGCCAGAUGACUGGUCUGACGACUCACGGCAAGACCGUCAUCUUCAGACCAAGUAUUGUAGGGAGAACGAUUGACCAAUAUGUCGGCUACGAUGAUGAUUCCCUCCUCAAAGUUGGGGCAUAUCACGGCAGGGCCACCACUGGGACGUCGAUAAUGGGGGUAUUCAACGUGUCCACUCGCCCAUUGACUGAUAUCAUCCCAUUGUCUCGCUUCCCCGGUGUCAAUCCGUCCAGUCACUAUGUUAUCCGUGGCCACAGCAGCGGCUUCGUCACCCCGCCGGUCCAGACAAGCUCGCCAGCCUCAUUGCUAACGACUUCACUGGGUGUGAGGGGAUACGAUAUCCUCUGCGCCUAUCCCCUGUCAGUCUUCAACAGCGAGACAAGGGGCACGGUUUACCUGGCAAACCUUGGCCUGGUCAGGAAGAUGACAGGUUGCGCCGCUGUCCUCAACAACAGCUUCCAGCUCCUCGAGAACGGAAGGUUGUUCAUGGACACCAGGGUGAAAGCGCUCGGAGUGCUUGGAGUCUACAUUUCUACUCUACCUGAUCUCACAGUCGAGGGUGACCUCAUGGUGACGAUCCAGGGCCAGCCGGUGCCACCACAUACGGUGAACAAAGGCAACGAGCACGUCUUGGAGAUCGAUAUUGAAACCGCGUGGAACGAGAUGGGACUAGAAAGCGGGUGGUCUAACGAAAUAGAGAUGAAGUUAUACUUCCCACUUGAGAAGUGA